AUGGCAACGGAGUCUGAGAUUUAUGACGAGGACGAUAUAUUCGAUUCGGAUGAUUCGUACUCGUCUGGCUCAGACUAUGAGUUGAGUAAACAAGCCGUGCGGUCGAAGAAGAGAAAUUUGCAGUUGGAAAAGAAGGCAAAUGACGCUAAGGAGGCAAUACGCAACAUUGAGAAGACGGCGAAGGACACGAAAUUCGACGACUCCGAACUUGUGACUAUCUCCAUGGCGCGGCCACCAGACUUUGUGCCCGAUUCCGUUUCUGCUGUGUUUGGAAAAGCAGAUUUUUCGUACUUGAAGCUGAAACCAGAUCAUGCGGCCAGACCUAUAUGGAUCAGCCCGCUCGACGGCAAAAUCUUCUUGGAAGGGCUAUCACCUCUUUCAGAACAGGCACAGGAUUUUUUGGUGACCAUUGCAGAGCCUGUGAGUCGUCCAAGCUUCAUCCACGAAUACAGAAUCACUACACAUUCGCUGUAUGCGGCAGUUUCUGUUGGACUUGAGACAGACGAUAUUAUAUCUGUUUUGAGCCGACUCUCAAAGGUGCCGUUGGCGUCAUCUGUUGUCAACUUUAUCAAGCAGGCCACGGUUUCUUACGGUAAGGUGAAGCUGGUUUUGAAACACAACAGGUACUUUGUGGAAAGUCCACAGGCGGAUAUUUUGCAGAUGCUUCUGAAAGAUGAGGUGAUUGGAAAAUUGCGGAUCCAGAGUAGCGAGACGACGGUGACGAUGAGUGACGGUUUGGUGAUCACCAAGCCUGCGCAAAAGGGCGACUUGGUGAUUCCAGGCACCGAGGAAAGCAAAAAACGAGAACAGGAAAAAAAGGACGAGCAAGUCAAGACAGAAGAGCAGCCGCUUGCAGCCGACAACGGUGCUCAGGAUGAAAAUCUGGAAAAUAUAUUUGCCACAGUGAUUGGCGACGCAGGCGAAGAAGAGGACGACGAUACGGUGCACUCGUUUGAAAUUGCGCAUGAAUCUGUUGAAAUCGUUAAAAAACGUUGUCAGGAGAUUGACUACCCGAUGUUGGAAGAAUAUGAUUUCAGAAAUGAUACCCAAAACCCGGAUCUGGAGAUUGACCUCAAACCGUCGACUCAAAUCAGACCGUACCAGGAAAAGUCACUGAGUAAGAUGUUUGGUAACGGACGUGCCAGGUCUGGAAUUAUUGUGCUUCCCUGCGGAGCGGGAAAGACUCUGGUCGGAAUCACGGCUGCCUGUACAAUCCGUAAGUCGGUUAUUGUGCUCUGUACGUCCUCUGUUUCCGUGAUGCAAUGGAGACAGCAAUUUCUGCAAUGGUGCACAAUUCAACCCGAGAACGUUGCUGUGUUCACGUCUGAAAACAAGGAGAUGUUUUCAGGAGACGCCGGGCUAGUGGUUUCGACGUACUCCAUGGUUGCCAAUACCAGAAACCGUUCUUACGACGCCCAAAAAGUGAUGGAUUUCCUUACGUCUCGUGAGUGGGGAUUUAUCAUUCUGGACGAGGUGCACGUCGUUCCCGCUGCCAUGUUCCGUCGAGUCGUCACGACCAUUGCUGCGCAUGCAAAACUGGGUCUCACGGCUACGCUGGUCCGUGAGGACGAGAAGAUCUCCGAUUUGAACUUCCUCAUUGGUCCAAAGCUCUACGAGGCCAACUGGAUGGAGCUUUCGCAAAAAGGACACAUUGCCAAUGUCCAGUGUGCAGAAGUUUGGUGUCCAAUGACCUCAGAAUUUUAUCAGGAGUAUCUGAGAGAAAGCGCGCGCAAAAGGAUGCUUCUCUACAUCAUGAAUCCUACAAAGUUCCAGGCCUGUCAGUUCCUGAUCCACUACCACGAAAAACGUGGAGACAAAAUUAUUGUCUUUUCAGAUAAUGUCUACGCUUUGCAAGAAUAUGCACUCAAGCUUGGAAAACCGUUCAUUUAUGGUUCCACGCCACAGCAAGAGAGAAUGAACAUCUUACAAAACUUUCAGUACAAUGAUCAGGUCAACACGAUUUUCCUGUCGAAAGUCGGAGAUACCUCCAUUGACCUGCCCGAAGCCACUUGCCUGAUCCAAAUUUCGUCUCAUUAUGGUUCCAGAAGACAGGAAGCCCAGCGAUUGGGCAGAAUUCUGCGAGCUAAACGGAGAAACGACGAAGGUUUCAACGCAUUUUUUUACAGUCUCGUUUCCAAAGACACUCAGGAAAUGUAUUAUUCCACCAAAAGACAGGCGUUCUUGGUUGAUCAGGGUUACGCAUUCAAAAUCAUCACGCAUCUUCACGGAAUGGAGAACUUGCCGAACCUCGCAUACUCGACGGCCAAGGAACGCCGCGAACUUCUUCAGGAGGUGCUGCUGAAGAAUGAAGACGUAGCAGGCAUUGAAUUGGGCGAAGAUUCCGAAAACCUUGUUGGUAACGGAGUCCCUAAAAAACUGAAGAACACCUCCAAGGCAGUGAAGAACCAAGGAUCGCUGGCCGGUCUGGCUGGAGGUGAAGACAUGGCUUAUGUCGAGUAUUCCAAGAGUAAGGCUAAAGAAGUUGCUCACCACCCGUUCUUCCAGAGAAACUACUACAAAAAGAACAAGAGAAAGAAGCAGAAUCAAUAGGUCAAUCGCCAUUCUCGCUAAUAUACAAUUUAUUAAUUCACACGUAUUUGAGUUUGCUCAGCUCGAUGUGCUCUUGGUACUCGUUCACAAUCUUGGUGUUCAUCGAUUCCAAGCUGGCGGUGAUAUCGUUCUUGAAGUUGAGAGUUUGGUUCAUACAGUCUCCGAUUCUAUGGAAAAAUGAAAAGUAUUGGUACUUCAAAUCGCUCUUAAACUUGUCAAGCUCUGCCUUGGCCUUAAAGUGUCUGGCUUCCACGGCCUUGCGGUCGGCCAGCAUUCUCUUCUGUAGGUUUCUGAUUGUGCUUUGGUCGGCCUCCACUUCAGCGUCUUUGGUUGACAGCUCGUAUUCCAGUUGUUCUUUGGUGUCCUUGUCAAUUGCUUGGAAGCUGGCGAGCUCAGACUCCAAGUCGUGGAUCGCAUACUCUUUGGCCGUCAGCUCUUGCUGUUGGCUAUCAAGCUGUUCAUGCAAUUUGAUCAAGGUGUCCUGGUUCUUACGGUGAGCUUCCACCAAAUCGUAUUUCAAGACGGUGAGGUUAGUUCUAACAUUCAAUUCUUUGAGUUGAGGUAUAAUCUCAUCCGGCUUCCUACCAAGUUUCGAGUCAUCAUUUAUCACUUCCUCCGUGAAUCCGGUGAUGGUUAUCUGUGGUAAUUCUUUGAACGUGAUCGAAUGAAGCAGGUUAUACAUGUAAGAGUUGUACGAGUCGAUAAGCUUCUCUAAUCCUUCGUAGGCUUUUCUUAAACUCAAGAAUUUCUCGUUGACAGUCUUUUGGACCGAGUUGCUCUUGUCGACCACGGAAUCGAUAUCUUUUGCCAGUUGGGAGCGCUCUCUGUGCAUCAUUUCUAUGGCCUGAACAGUGAAGUUUUUCGAACUGAGGCCCGAAAGAAUCUGGGAUUUGGCCUCUUCAGACUUUGCAAGCUUCUCCUUGAUAGAUUCAAUGUCUUUUUCGAUCUUCAUGAUAGUGGUAGGCCACUUGAGCUUCUUUUGCAUCUGGGCAUCAAUGAACGCUUGGUACCGAGACACAUCAAGCUCUAACAGUCUUGACUUUUCAUGAUUAGCACGCAUCUUUGCCUCCUGAGUUGAAAGGUUUUCAACCUUACUGUUCAGCUCAUUGUUUUCCUCCUCGAUAGAAUGUAACCUCUGAGUCACCUCUUUCAAAAACCCGUGAUAUUCCUUCUCCAUCUCCUUGUAAUAUGAGUCGAAGUUGGAGCCACCGGUUGACAUAUACAGUUUGUACGAUUUCAGAGCAUAUUUGGUGAAAAGUUUAUCAACGAGAUCCUGCUCUCUCAUCACAACAGAGUCAUUAAUGGAAUCGUCAUAAAGGAACGAGUUGUUCUGAGGCAAACUUUGCGCUUCUUGGAAAUUGUCCAGGUCAACCGUAUCGAGAUUAAGGCUUUCACCAACAAGUUGGCGCAACCAGUAAAGCAUACCCAAAAAAACAUGCCAAUUAGAGCCACCCACGGCACUUAUCUGUGAUUUGUUUAUGGUGUCCAAAUACGGAUACUCCAAGAACUUCAACAGAGAAUACACUUCUUGCUCAAUCGAACGCAGGAAUUUGUACCCUGGAUCGAUCUUUUUGUAAAGCCAUUGGAACAUGAGCACAAAGUCUUUUUGCGUGGGGUUUUUCAAAGUCUUGUUGGUCAAGGGAUGUUUCAUCUCAAUGUCAAACUUGUUGGUAGACAAAAAUGCAUACAGUUCCUGUUGCAUCUUGAGCUGGAAAUUGCGAUCCCGUAGUGGACGUGGGUCUCUGGGUUGAGUUGGUGUCAUAUAAUGGGCACCUGGAGUAUUCACCACGGAGUUCUCAAACAGUCUGCCAUUAGACGAUGGAGGAGGCUGAUGCUGAGCCAAAGAUCUGCGUCUGUUUACGCUUCCAGGAGCAGGAAUUCCUGUUCUGGUAAGGGAUCUUUGCACAAGAUCUUGCACGCUGGGAGCGUGUUGCGAAAGGCCGAACGAGCUUUGUCUCUUUUGAGCACUAGGCUGGUUGAGCAGUCUUGGAGCGCCGAUGUUGACAUUCUUUGGCAGUAAGCUUAGCCUUUUGCGCUUCAUAGAGGAGGCAGAUGGUAUGUUAGUGUCCAGGUCCGAGAGUAUGUUUGUUGUUCCAUUAAAAUACUGGCCUGUUUGCUGUUGACUAAAGUUGGUGGAAAAAGACUGUCUUUUCCUCGGAACCGACGACUCCAAAUGGU